UGAGGAGAGUGAGGAACCUGAGCUCAACUCCCACGAGACUGCUGUUGUCAAGACUAUGAUCAAAGGAACUUCUCCAAUCCAGGGCCGUAGUCAACAGACUGGUUUGAUCACUCCAUCUUUCGGAAUGAAGGGUAAAAGCUGUGCCAGUGUCCCGCGGGGUCCUGUUCCAGCCCGACCCGUGCCUCAGCCCCAUCCUAAAGAUGAGGACACCUUGGUCCAGAUGGCAGAACAUAUCCCUGCUGGGACACGGACACCAAUGUGUGCCCACUGUAACAUGGUCAUCAGGGGGCCGUUUUUGGUUGCAAUGGGGAAAUCAUGGCAUAAAGAGGAGUUUAACUGUGCCCACUGCCGCACGUCCCUGGCAGAUGUCGGAUUUGUGGAGGAAAAUGGGUCUGUGUACUGUGAACACUGCUAUGAAGAGUUUUUCGCUCCAACAUGCAGCCGCUGCCAGGCCAAAAUACUUGGGGAGGUGAUAAAUGCCCUCAAACAGAGUUGGCACGUCUACUGCUUCAUGUGUGUUGCUUGUCAGCAGCCGAUCAGGAACAACACUUUCCACCUGGAGGAUGGAGAACCAUACUGUGAGCAAGACUUUUACAGUUUAUUUGGGACUGGCUGUCAUGGUUGUGAGUUCCCCAUCGAGGCUGGAGACAAAUUUCUUGAGGCCCUUGGUUACACUUGGCAUGACACCUGCUUUGUUUGUGCUGUGUGCUGUACCACUCUUGAGGGCCGGACUUUCUUCUCCAAGAAGGACAAGCCUCUUUGCCAGAAACAUGCUCACACACUGAAGAUUUGAAGCUUGGACCCUUGUCACAGUUCUUUUCUUAUUAUGGACUUUACCCCUACACAUAAAACUCAGCCAAAGCUCAUUCCUGUACAUCCAUAUCACUUUACUUUGAAUAUCAUGCACCAUGUUGGUUUGUGAUAGUUUUACUGUCUGAGGAUGCAAAGAAUAUGUUACUCAGUUGGGUAACACAUGCAUAAGUGCAUGAACAGUGAGACUGUCACUUUUCUGUUUUACCGUUUUAAAACUAAUAUCAUACAUUAUAAUAAUUAACAAAACAACACAUGCAUAGUUAUGUUAUAAACCGGUUAUCAGUGCUUAAUGCCUAUGCAGGCAUUUGUAAUCUGUAUUCUAUUUUAAUCCUGAAACAAACAUAAAAAAGAUUUCAAGUUAUUAGCAUAUAUAGGAAAAAGUUUCAGAUGUUUAAAAAAAAUGUCUUUUUUUUGACAAUUCAGAUUUGACUAAGUAUGUGAGAUAACGAGCUAUCAGACUGAAAUUGUAAUUUAAAAAUGUAAUUUAAGUUAUGUUCAUCCCCCUCAAAAUGGCACUUGAAGGUGAACUGGAACGUAUAGAGGAAGAACCAUUCACUUGAGCCUGUAGCAGCAGGGCCUGAAUGUCCAGCGUCUUUACUUUACUGGUGAAAACGUCAAUGUAAAGCAUUUGCCUUGUUCCCGUGGGGUUUAGACUGUAAGAAUUUGAACGAUAACACAAUAACAGUUAGGUAUCUUUAUUCCUUUCCCAAAUUUGACCCUAGUUUGCAUUCUUGCCACUUUAUUGGCUGCCUUGAUGAGAUGUAAACAAAGUGUCUUUUUUCUAUUUGUGACUGGGUUUAGGCUGUGAAAUCCUCAGUUUUUAAUGUGAACGAUGGAAUUACAAAUGAUUAUUUCAGAAUUCUGCAGGCUUCUGCUUUUUGUCUAGCCUUGACUAAUUACAUUUAAUGCCUAAUCAGGUACACCCAGAGUGUAGAGGCCUGAGACCAUGUACCAGUAUGCGAUCAGUUGGGAAUUUUAAUGUGUUGAUUCUAUGGGUAAUAUGCCAAAUAGCUUUUGUGUCACAUUUCUUUUUCUUUUUCUUUAGCUUGAAACAUAAUUGUCAAAAAAAAUAUUUGCAGCAUUUCUGAUUAAAAACAGAUUCUAGAAAAAGCAGAUUCUUCCCUAUGCUUCAGAGCAGUGUUUACUUCUUUCUGACCUGCAGGGAGGAUGGUGGUGAGUCAACUGUGCAGUAUAUAUUGUUUAGACAAGGCAAAAAAUGUCUGAUCUGAAUAUAAAUAUUUAACUUUUGGGUUAUUAUUUCUAUUUUUCAGGGACUUCUAAAGGGUUGGAGGGUAUGUUCCUCUCUUUAUGUGUGUCGUUUUUAUCAUUGUUGUUAUUUUCAUUAUUUUGUGUCUGCUUGAUUGUCUACAAACCACCCAUGCCAGUAUUUACUUUUCAUAAUCCCUGCUGGAUUUAGUUGGCUUAUUUUGUUUUGGUACCCUAUCACUAGAGUAAACAACAGCAACUGACAUUUUUACUUAAAAUCAGUCUUUUUACUGUGUGUGACUGAUAAACCUUAUUUAUAAAAAUAAAAAAGAUACUCUAUAUAAUCCUGCAGAACUGUCUUUGGAACUACAAAAAUUGGUCUAUUUGGUUUAAUAUAUCCUGUUAAUUUCAACCCCCCGAAUCCUGUGUUUCUUUAUCUAUGCUAUAAUGUUUGUUGGUGUAAUACAAUCUUGUUAUAUUAAACUUCCU